CUUGUACAUCCAACACAUGACUCCUAAGCGCGUAUUGGUGAUUGCUGGGUCGGACAGCUCUGGUGGAGCUGGCCUUGAGGCUGACCAAAAAGUCAUAGCGGCGCAUGGCUGCUAUGCGAUGACCGCUACAACCGCCCUAACGGCUCAGAAUACACAGGGUGUCUAUGAUAUUCACUAUACACCCCCUGAGUUUCUCCGAAAACAGGUUGAUGCUUGCAUCGAUGACAUUGGGAUCGAUGUGGUCAAGACAGGGAUGCUGGCAUCCGCUGAUGCUAUUCGAGUGGUUGCGGACAGCUUUCGCAGGCAUCAUGUUCAAGUGUCUGUUGUAGAUCCAGUUAUGGUAUCAACGAGUGGCUCACAUCUCUUGCCCGAACACGCCAUCGAGACACUGAUAAGUGAACUGCUCCCGCUUACGACAAUUCUCACCCCAAACUUGCCUGAAGCAAGGCUACUCCUGAAGACGGCUGGGGUGCCCUUCGAAGAACCAGAAGGCGUCGACAGUAUCGUACAGCUUGCUAGAGCUCUCCAACAGCUGGGGCCCAAAUAUGUUCUCCUCAAAGGUGGGCACCUGCCGUUAACCAAAGACAGGCGCGUAUCGAAGAAUGCAGCGGAACACAGAAUUGUUCUGAAUGUUCUCUAUGGGGAGGGAGAAGCCACUCUCAUGGAGACCGAUUACCUAACAUCAAAGAAUACACACGGCACCGGAUGCUCCCUAGCUUCUGCCAUUGCAUCCAACCUAGCUUCGGGGAUGGGAAUGGCUGAGUCAGUCAGGAAAGCGAACAAAUAUGUCGAGGCUGGUAUCAAAGCGAGCGAAGACAUUGGGAAGGGCAGCGGGCCUAUCAACCACUUCCACUCUACCUACACCUUGCCUUUUGUCCCCGACGGUUUCAUCGACUACCUCAUAGAACGAGCAGAUGUCCGAGGCCCCUGGAAGGACUACACGGAGCAUGAGUUCGUGCGGCAGUUGGGGAAUGGCACUCUGCCAGAAGAGAACUUCAAGUACUACUUGAUCCAAGACUACCUAUUCCUCAUUCAGUUCGCUCGUGCCAAUGCAUUGGCUUCGUACAAAGCAAAGACGAUGCUUGACAUAGGUCGCUCGGCCCAACAGAUAGUGAAUAUACAAGAGGAGAUCAAACUCCACAUUGAAAUUUGCAAAGAAUAUGGUUUAUCGAUUGCAGAUAUCGAGAGUCAUGAGGAGGAUCAAGGUAUGAUGCCAAACCCAGUUCUCAAAUAUGUGCUCGACGCUGGACAUUCAGAAGACUGGUUGGCACUUCAGGUUGCGCUACUGCCCUGCCUCAUCGGCUACGGCAGGAUUGCUCGCAGAUUGUAUGACGACCCCAAGACGGCUCGAGAGAGCAGAUAUUGGAAAUGGAUCGAGACAUACGUCUCCGACGAGUAUUGCGAGGCUAUGAGACUGGGUUCGGGCGGCUAUGGAUCGCGCGGCGGCAGCAACGGCUACUCGAACGGGUACGGCACCUCGAGCGGUGGAUAUGGUGCAGCCAACUACCAGUACGACUACAAUCAGUAUGCUUCGUAUGGAUACGGUGGCGGUAGCUCCAACGGUUAUGGAGGUAGCGGCGGAUAUUCCCACGGAUACAGCAAUGGCGGCGGUUACGGGGGAGGCGGUUAUGGCGGCGACAUGCGCGGUGGCGGUGACCGCAUGGGAGCCCUCGGAUCAGGCUUGAAAGAGCAACAUUGGGGUGCGUACAAUGCUCCGCAUUUGUCGACUAAACCUGCUGACAUCCGUUCAGAUCUCGAUGCCCUGCCCAAGUUCGAAAAGUCUUUCUACAAGGAGGAUGAGGCGGUAGCUCGUCGUACACAAGCUGAGGUUGACGCGUUCCGCAAGGAGCAUCAAAUCACGGUGUUCGGCAGGGACGUCCCCAAACCCGUUACAACCUUCGAUGAAGCCGGUUUUCCAGGAUACGUCAUGAAUGAAGUCAAGGCACAAGGAUUCGCCAAGCCUACCGCCAUUCAGUCGCAGGGUUGGCCGAUGGCUUUGUCCGGGCGCGACGUCGUUGGUAUUGCAGAGACCGGUUCCGGGAAGACCCUGACGUACUGCCUUCCCGCCAUCGUUCACAUCAACGCGCAGCCGCUCCUCGCUCCCGGUGAUGGACCCAUUGUUCUCAUCCUGGCGCCGACUCGCGAGUUGGCUGUCCAGAUUCAGCAGGAAAUCAGCAAAUUUGGAAAGUCUUCUCGUAUCCGAAAUACCUGCGUCUACGGCGGAGUGCCGAAAGGCCCCCAAAUCCGCGACCUCGCCAGAGGUGUCGAAGUCUGCAUUGCCACUCCGGGACGGCUUAUCGAUAUGUUGGAGGCUGGCAAGACCAACUUGCGCCGUGUCACUUACUUGGUGCUUGAUGAGGCAGACCGUAUGCUGGACAUGGGUUUUGAGCCGCAAAUCCGCAAGAUCAUCAGCCAAAUUCGCCCUGACCGUCAGACUUGCAUGUGGUCCGCAACAUGGCCCAAGGAGGUCCGACAGUUGGCUGCUGACUUCCAACACGAUUUCAUCCAGGUCAACAUCGGGUCGAUGGAUCUGGCUGCUAAUCACCGUAUCCAGCAGAUUGUAGAAGUUGUUUCAGAGUUCGAGAAGCGUGACAGGAUGGCCAAACAUCUGGAGACGAUCAUGGACGACAAGAAUAACAAGGUAUUGAUCUUUACGGGCACGAAACGUGUCGCCGACGACAUCACUCGAUUCCUCCGCCAAGAUGGAUGGCCUGCAUUGUCCAUUCAUGGUGACAAGCAACAAAACGAACGUGACUGGGUAUUGAACGAGUUCAAGACCGGAAAGAGUCCGAUCAUGGUUGCCACCGAUGUGGCUUCCCGUGGCAUUGAUGUUCGUAACAUCACCCAUGUCCUGAACUAUGACUACCCGAACAAUUCGGAAGACUAUGUUCACCGCAUUGGGCGAACGGGUCGUGCUGGUGCCAAGGGUACCGCCAUCACCUUCUUCACGUCUGACAACGCUAAGCAGGCUCGUGAUCUUGUGGGUAUUUUGCAAGAAGCCAAGCAGCCGAUUGAUCCCAAGUUGCAUGAGAUGGCCCGUUACAACAGCGGUGGAGGCGGCGGCCGAUGGGGUGGACGUGGCCGCGGUGGAGGCGGCCGCGGUGGCGGUAACCGCCCUUGGACUGGAAGCAACACUGCUCCCCUUCGCAACAGCCGAUGGUAGAUGCACUCUUGAUCGAUUGACUGCAUUCUAUUGCGGCAUAUCGACUGAUCACAUCGUGGACUAUAUGUCCCGAAAGUGCUUAACACAUAAUUUCCUUUCCGCGUAGGAUUCCUCAGGCAUAGAUUUCUUUUUCGCUCGCGGACACAGGCACACCAGCGCAGUGGACCAACGCUGAAGGAAUAUGGAGAUACCCAGGUCCGAGUGAGAGUGUCCCGUGCAUGGGUCUGCUCUUCGACAGUAUGAGUUUAUUUGUUAGACUGGCAUCAUGUCUUUUCUUUUCCGUUUGCGGGUACGGUGGGGGCCAGUCACAUUUCCUUUCAUAACAAAUGAGGUCGGGCAUACCCGGCUCUAGGGCACCGAGCUGGAGAAAAAGGCUCCCUGAUAUUAAAAAAUCGUUAAGUUAGUAGUGCGAAAUACAUCAAGUAUAUAUU